AUGUCUGAUGUUGGCUUGUCAUCUACGUUUAAUCUUACGUGGCCGAAAUAUAUCAAUGAAAACAUGUACGAAACAUCAACUAAUCAUAGCGAUAAUGAAAUAUCGUCAGAUAGAAAAUUAUCCAAAAAUCUUUGGGUAAUAAAUCAAUUUACUAUUGCUCAACGAACAGUUUUUAUACUGUCGUUUAUUAUUCUUUUUUGGAUUCUAUUUAUCUCAAGCUAUGCACUAAGUCGUGUUAUUAUUCGAUUGUUUUCGAAUUUGAAACGUUUUCAUUUCCACCACGAUUUAACAUCCAUAUCAAGCGAUAAAAUUAGUCGUGCAUUUGUUAUAUCAUCGACUCAAUACGGUUCAUUUCGUCCAACACAUUUAUCAUCAUCAUUAUUGUAUCGGUCGGACAGUCUUUUCUCAAAUAGUGAUUUCAUCUUUAACAAUGAACAAACAACAUCACAAAAAUCUCUCAAUAGAAUUUCACAAUCAAACGAAAAUAAUUCUAACUUAUUAGAAUAUUAUUUAAACUCGUAUAAUCCCUUAAAAAUUGAUUUAAAGGAUAAAAAACAAGAUAUUGUUACAGUGUCAACUAUUAAAGAUGAACUUCAUGAAAAAGCACCCAGUGACACCGACACAUGCCCAAUUGCUAAUUGCUAUUCACUGAUUGGUACAAGUAAACGAAAAAUACACUACGGUAGACAAUAUAGUCGUCUUAACGAACCAGAAAACUGCUCGGCAACAAUGAGUAUAGCCGACGACCGACUGUCUGAAUGUAGUACAAAAUUAACUACUAUCACAUUGCCUACACUGAUGAUCACAGAUUGUUCAAAUAGCCAACGAUUACAUACAGAUAUCAUCGAACUUGAUGAAGAUGAGAAGGAAAAAAACUGA